CAAUGCUUGCACUCAACGAAGGCUAGCUAAGCUAAGCUUAAAUCAUUGCCUCCCACUGCUCCGCUUGCUGCAUGCUGCUCUAUAUCACUUGCUGUGUCCCGGUGUUUUCUCUCAUCAGGAUCAAGCUCGUCUCGUUGAUCAAUGGCAUCAGACAAGUGCUCAUCGUUUCUACUAGCAGCGGCAGCGGCUGCAGUGCUCGUCCUCGCGUCGGCGCCGGUGGCUCAUUCGUGGAGCAAGGAGGGUCACAUGCUCACAUGCCGAAUCGCGCAGGAUCUGCUGGAGCCAGCCGCGGCGCACGCGGUGAGGAACCUGCUGACGGAGGAGGCGGACGGCGACCUGUCGGCGCUGUGCGUGUGGCCGGAUCAGGUCAGGCACUGGUACAAGUACAGGUGGACGAGCCCUCUCCACUUCAUCGACACCCCUGACAAAGCCUGCAGCUUCGUCUACUCAAGGGAUUGCCAUGGCGCGGAUGGUGCGGAGGAUAUGUGCGUCGCUGGCGCGAUCGCGAACUUCACCUCUCAGCUUAUGCACUAUAAUCACGGCAGCGCCGAUCGCAAAUAUAACAUGACUGAAGCACUGCUAUUCUUGUCACACUUCAUGGGAGAUGUUCAUCAGCCAAUGCAUGUUGGGUUCACGAGCGACCAAGGGGGCAAUACGAUUAAUCUACGCUGGUUCAGGCACAAAUCCAAUCUCCAUCAUGUGUGGGAUAGGGAGAUGAUACUCACAGCUAUUGCUGAAUUCUACGGCAAGGACAUGGAUGCGUUUCAAAAGGACCUUGUGCACAACUUCACCACGGGAACGUGGUCUGAUGACGUAUCCUCUUGGGGAGACUGCGAGGAUCUCCUGUCUUGCUCAACCAAGUACGCUACAGAGAGCAUAAAUUUGGCUUGCAAAUGGGCGUACAACGAUGUCCGUGAAGGCGAAACUCUGUCAGAUGACUACUUCGGCUCACGGCUCCCGAUCGUGACACGACGAAUCGCGCAGGGGGGAGUUAGGCUGGCCAUGUUCUUGAAUCGGCUCUUCGGGGAGCACAACCGUGACGUCGCAUCACCAGCCUGAACUGAUAGCUGCUUCAGAAUUCAGAAAAUUCAGAAGUUAACCACACGUGUAAUCUAACGGCCGCAUCCAUUUCAUUUUAUUUUUACGUGAUACGUGACUCUAUUUUUACGAUGAAUAGUUGAUGCCAACAAUGCUGAUUAAUUAACCACAUAGUAAUACAAGUAAGCAACGCUUGAAAUCAACAGGACAUAGCAAACCAAUUCCAUUCUUUUCUGAUCAUAAAGAGAUGUACAUCCACAUGUAUGAUUAAUUGUAUCUAGACAAGAUUCAAUGACUAUACUACUCUCAUUGCACCAA